AACAAAAAAAGUAAUCAUUCCAACAUGCAUAAAAACUAUUCUUUCCAAAAAACAUCCUUUUUUGCUUUUCUCCACAACAGUGUUAUGGUUCUGCUAGUCACUGAAGGUGACUUGCCUAAAAUAACCUCAGUUAAUCACAGUGUGAAGUAAAGGAUAUGAGGUUUAUGUCUUAAAAGACAAAGCGAAAGUAGAUAACAUAGUUACAGAUGAUGAAUAGCAGGAUCAGGAAAGCGUGUCGUUUCUGUUCGUGUCUUUCUUUUAACAAGUCAAACUUUUAAACACAACUUUGAUCUUUCGCUAACCUUAGCCAAGGUAGCUCUUAUCUUAAAAAAUAGUGAUGUCACGCUUGUGGCAGCUUUGAUUGAUUAGGACCUAAGCUGUUUGUUUUCCGUGAUUUUAGAGAUGGAAAAAAUUGAAAGCUGAACACGUCAAAAGUAAACAUCAGAAAAAUGUUUAGUUUAGUGUAAAACAGUGAAAUAUUGGAGAAAAUUACUUACAAUUUCUGGGGUACUACUUAUUGUUCAGCUGAGGAUAGUUUAUGUGUGUAUGUGUGUGUGUUUGUGUAUGUACAGGACGGGGAGUCAUUGCAAUAUGUUUGGAUGUGAUGGAAUCUCCCACUUGUUUUAGUCAUCCUCUCUCCAUCUCUUUCCGUCUCUCUUUCCCUCUUUUACUCUGGCUGCUAAUCAGCAUUUGAAAGGCAGCUUUGACAGUGAGAAAGAAAGUGAGGGGGGCACAUGGAGGUGGGGAUAAACGAAAGCAUGAGACACAGCGAGUUAGGGGGGGAGAGCCAGCCAGAGAGAGACUGAGGCGAGGGGCUGUACAAGCAUGCCUUUUAUAUUUACUAGUGACUGAGAGAGAGAGAGAGAGAGGGAGGGAGGGAGAGAAAGGGAGCAGCUGAAGGCAGAGACAACUGGUGUGCACGGCUUUCCCAAGAGGAAAUGAAAAGAAAGAAGCUCAGCAAGGAGAAUGAAUGAGUGAGCGGGAGAGAGGAAGGGUGGGAGGGAGCAUGCUGGCUGGAGAGAGAGUGAGUGAGAGAGAGAGAAAGAGAUUCUCACACUGGCUGUGUCCUAAUCCGAGUCCAUCUCAAAGAAGCAGCGGAGCAGAGUGUUAGUGAAGUGAGUCUGAGAGCCGAGGAGAGCUACAUCAGCUAGCUCACUCCACUUCGCACAAACACACACAGACACACGUUCUCCCUCUCCUUCUCGCGCUCUCGCUCUCUCCCUCUUUCACAAACACACACACACACUCUCCGUGCAACGGGAGUCCACGAUGUGUCCGGCUGCACGGCCACGGCUUUUGUGAAAGUGAGGGGAUUGCCGCUGCCCCUGUCCCAGCCCCCUUGGCUCACACACUCAGUGUUUGCCUGCCGUGUUUAAGCUCGAGGUGCUGGUGGAGGUGUGGAGGGAGGGGGCACUGCCAGGGCAAAGCAGGGGCACCAAAAGGGAGGAGGAGGAGAAGAAGAAGACGAAGAAGAGAAGGAGGAAGAAGAAGGAGACAAAGUGGAUCAGGUCGACAGCGGUGGAUUGAAUGUUGGAAAUGCCCGUCAGGUCUGAGUCCAUCACGUCCUCAGCCAAUCGAAGCCUUCGUUAACAGCGGCGUGGGCACGUGAUUGGAGGAAGGAUGGCAACCAUGCCAUUUGUUAGUGAGGGGAAAUGUGUGAGUGUGGAGUGGGAUUUCCUGCAAGGACUACUGGCCAAGCCUCCCACCCUGCCCUGUCUCCAGAACCUGCGUAAAGAGAAAUCUCGCAAUGCGGCUCGUUCUCGGCGGGGGAAGGAGAACUUCGAGUUCUUUGAGCUGGCCAAGAUGCUGCCACUGCCCGGGGCCAUCACAAGUCAACUGGACAAAGCUUCGGUCAUCCGGUUGACCAUCAGCUACCUGCACAUGCGGACCUUUGCCAGUCAGGGGGACCCACCCUGGAGCCCUCUGCUGGAGGGAGACAGCAACUGCAGCAAAGUUAGACGUUCAUCUCAUUCUCUGGCAACUGACAUGUUUGAGCAGCACCUAGGGGCACACCUCCUGCAGUCUCUAGAUGGCUUUGUGUUUGUGGUCAGCCAGGAGGGACGGUUCCUCUACAUCUCAGAGACAGUUUCUAUCUACCUGGGACUCUCACAGGUGGAGCUGACUGGCAGCAGUGUGUUCGACUACAUCCACCCAGCGGACCACGUCGAGAUGGCGGAGCGGCUGGGAAUCAGGCCACAUCUACGGGCCGAGGCCGGCUGUCACACAGCCCCUGAGAGCGCUUCCAGCUCUGCGUCCACCUCCUCCUUAGCUGGUACCCCUGAACCCGCAGCUCCAUCCAGUCCUCAUUCUCCUGCCGACGAUCCACCCGAGCGUGGCUUUUUUAUCCGCAUGAAGUCCACGCUCACCAAAAGAGGCCUGCAUGUCAAGUCUUCUGGAUACAAGGUAAUCCACGUGACGGGACGAAUCCGCUGCCGCCCCGCUCUCGUCCCGGGCUCCACCCGAUCAGUGCGUCGACCAAUGGGUUUGGUUGCGCUGGCGCACACUCUCCCGCCCUCCACGCUUAAUGAAGUCCGCAUGGAGAGCCACAUGUUUGUGUUCCGAGUGAACAUGGACCUACAGGUUACAUACUGUGAGAACAGGAUCUCUGAGUAUAUGGAUCUGACUCCAGCAGAGGUAGUGGGACAUACCUGUUACCAUUUCAUCCAUGUAGAAGACCUGGAGAACCUCCGGCAGAGCCACGAGGACUUGCUAAGAAAAGGCCAGGUAGUGACUGGUUAUUAUCGCUGGCUCCAGAGGAGAGGAGGGUACCUGUGGAUCCAGUCCACUGCCACUGUGUCCAUCAACCACAAAGCCCCCCACGAACGCAACGUUAUCUGGGUUAACUACGUCCUGAGUCGAACAGAGCUGCCCGACACUCCCCUGGAUCUGCUGCAGCUACCAGAGAGCAUAAGAGCAGAGCGACUUCGAAUCAGCUCGUCCCCGACCGAUGGCUCCACACAGGCCCGAGGCUCGCAACCUGUGAAGAGCUCAGUGGGGAAAAGCGACCCUGACACUAAAGGCAGAGACAAAUUCACCACCACGGCCAUUCAAUCAGAGGACAGGAGGAAGCGCCUGCUGAGGUCUGACCCGGAGGGCGCACCUCCCGAAACCCGUCGCAGACUGGAGGAGCUCCGUCACACGGAGGAGAGUGUCUCUGCCUCCUCAGACCUGGCGAGCGAAAGCGAGGGGGAAGAGGAAGAUGAAACCGAGUGGGACCAGGGAGGCGACAGCGACAGAUUGAAACGGGAAGACAGCGGAGGAGGAGGUAAACAGAGCAGAGGAGGAGACACCCCGACGAGAGGGGAGAGGGGAGGGAGGGUGCACAAUGGCCGGGCUGUGAUCCAGCAGCUGAAAAGUGUAGUGACUCCAUCUCCCCUGCCCGGCAGCCCAGGCAUCAAGACUGAGCAUGAAGCCCUGACCACCGGGGGGCGCUGGGGAUCACACACUCAAACUUCCACCUCACACACACACACCACUCAGCCCCAGCCCUCGCAUGCACACACGCCGUCCAGCAGCCUCAAUGGUGACAGCCCCACCACCCCGAUCCCGGACUCCUCUUCCAGCAGCGAAGCCCCACCGAAGGGUUUGUUCACUCCCCCGUCCCCAGCUUUGUCCCCCGCCAUGCCCGUGUCCUCCCCGUUGCCCCGCGAGGACAGGGCUGUGUCGGCGGGGGUGGUCAGCCGGAGCAGUGGCGGUAGUGGUGGUUUAGGUAACGGUCCUGACUUUGAGCUGCUUCAGAGACUGGCUGCUGGAAGUGCAGCGGGCCGGGUCCUCUUCCACCCCCUUGCCCUCGGCCCGCAGGGCCCUCAGAGCCUCUAUGCCCCAAGCACUAUCCGCUACGCUCCACCUGAGCUCCCCCCUUCCCACCACCACAGCACAGGACACAGUGAUGGCCUGCAGCUACGCUCGGACCACCACAAGGGACCCCCACCGGCCUUCUUCCCCCACCUACAGCGGCUGGCCGGCCUUCCACCCUUCAGUGGUUUCUCCCCAUCUGACAGCCCCUUCUCCUCUAGCCUGCCCUUCUGUAUGAAUGGACUGAGGGGGGCUGCGGGCACAGAGGAGGACUGAGUCUCAGAGGGGAGGAUGUGAGAGGAGAAAAUAAACUGAAGGAGAGAGCGGAGUGACAGGACGGAAAGAGAGACAUUGAAAAGGGCAGGAGAGACAGAAGUGGCAGUAGAUUAAACCUCUGAGGACGUUACUAAUUGGACAAUGAGUUGAAUAACUGCAAUCUAAAGUGUGUGACAAGCCGCUGCCAUAGGAUUUUAUCAUGUCAGCCUGUUGUGUACGAGUGACAGUGACUCUCAGAGAAACGGGGACAUGGAAACUUUUGACUGGUUGUCCCUCAAGACUUUUCAUCUUCGCGACAACAACGAACUCUGCUCUGUGACUUUCUCUAGAUGACUGUGUUGAUUUAUGUGUCUCUUCCACUCAGAGAAGCCAUAUUGUACAUAGAGAGAAAACCAUGACGACCCUCAGCUCACAUCCUCACCGUCAAUGUCCGUCACCGCACAUUAACCCAAUUAACCCUAAAACCAGUAGGAAGAGAUGGGCACUCGUCUGUAGGAAUAAAAAUGACUUUGGAAUAUAAAUUUUUAUUAUUGCAGUAUUAUACAAAUCAUCUCUUUCAGUGGGCUCCGGGUGACAGUUUGAUUAUAGGGUUUCAACUUAAAAUAGGUGGAGACAGCUUUUUGGUGUUUUGUAUCGAUACUUAAAAUAAUAAUAUAAAACAAUAAUAUUGAAAAAAAGAUCCAAGUAUUCAUCGAUUCAGCCAUACUAAAAGCACACUUUUGGGACAAAAGUAUGAUUAAAGUAGUCCCAGACAUUCCAUUAUAUAUAAGGGAAGGAAAUGCAAUGCAGACAGGACGCUAUUUGUAUUGUUUGAUUAUAGGAAGGCGAUUUGUUUAACUGAUUAUGACUUCUAGUGUAUCAUGACAAUGUACAAUGCUGCAGUUGUGUUUGUGUAUGAAAGCCAUAUUCUUGUUUGUUUUUAGGUUUAUAUUGUUUUUCUUCACCAGGUGAAACCGAUUGGGAAAUUGUUUAAAAUACGACUGUUUUAGUGGAUGAAAAAAAAUGUGAAAAUGCUUUAGGAGGGGAAAUGUGCUGGACAGAAGUGUUUUUAUCAUUUAAACAUGUUUUGUUUUUUUUGUUUUUUUUUGAGCACUUACCGAAAUUUGUUCUGGUGUGAACUCUAAAGCACUUCACGGUUCGGCGUGUGAUCCUGUUAAAACAGAAAACAAUGCAAGAGCGGCCGCUAAUAUCAUAGCCUGAGCACGGUAUGUGGAGUGGGGGGGUGGGGGAUAUAAAUGCUCAUUUAGAAAGGCAGGUAAAUAAACAAGACCACAUGUGGUCAUUAAAAUGUGACCGUCGGAGGUCGAUAAAACAAAACAGAAUUGUUCUGAUAUUGGUUUCAGUUCAAGCGAGUCAACUGGAGAUAAAGUUUUAAAUUAAAAAGUGGGGAUAUGAAACACUUUAAAUUUCAGUUUCAUAGCAAUUGAUUGGAGCUCCUCUCAGGAAAAACAAAACACUUUUGACUUGGAAAAAAUGAAACAACUAAAACAAAAUUAUACAUAUAUGUGUAAGAAAA